AUAACCUUGAUGAGAGUCGAUCGCGUUCCACAUACGAUCCUUUGCUUCUGAAUCAGUGGCGUUCGAGGUGAUGAGGACUCCACCAUGACCUGCGUGCGUCAGUCCUUCCCAGCGCUCACCUUGGUGGACGUACGCGAAGAGCCCCAUCUCAGCCACACCACCAAGCACCUGUUGGUCACCAUGGACAGUGAACAGAAGCAAGUGUUGGACAUGCUCGAGCGACCCUUCCGGCUGCCGACUCAAGGAAAGAGACAACCUCGAAAUGGGAAAGCCGCGGAUGUGGAUGUGAACCUGUUCAGUACGCUAGAAAAGAGAAUAUCGGAGGAUCAUCCUAUCGUGUUUGAAGUGGGUACCCGUGUGGUAGGAAGUGAGCCGCCACCUCAGCGGUUGCCCCUUGCUCGCUCCAUUCCCAGAGGCACCAUCUUCUCUAUCUUCGUCGAGAGCCAUCGUCUGGCCGCCAAGGAACUCUGCGACUACUUCAUAGAGGCAAGCAGUGUGAAGGAGCUCGGGCAGAGGGUGGAGGAGGUGCGGGGAUUUGUCAACGAGAAGCUUUUCAUCUUUGCCCUAUCCUUUGUAAUCAUCAGGAAGCCAGAGAUGAGACAUUUGCACCUACCUAGCAUUGUGGAGAUCUUCCCAAGCAUGUUCGUGCCAGUCACCACCGUGUCAGAGAUGGAACAGGAGGCCAAGAAAUCCAUCCCUGACCAAGAGAUAGUAGUAACAGAAUAUGGACCAGAGUUCUCCAGCACUCACCUCAAGCCUGAGCACCGAGUAGCUUACUGGCGUGAGGACUUUGGCAUUAAUUCCCACCACUGGCACUGGCAUCUUGUCUACCCUGUGGGGCUUGGUGUGACAAGAGACCGCAAGGGGGAGCUGUUCUUCUACAUGCACCAACAAAUGCUUGCUCGUUACGACAUGGAUCGCCUGAGUGUCGGUCUCAACAGAGUGCAGAAACUGAGCAACUGGCGCAUCCCCAUUCCUGAUGGCUAUUUCCCCAAGCUGACCAUCAACAACGCUGGCCAGACAUGGGGUUCCCGGCAGGACAACACGUUAAUGCAGGACUCCAGCCGUGAUGAUGUGAGGUCUCAGGUCUCUGACCUGGAGCAGUGGCACAGCAGGAUCAUGGAUGCUAUUCAUCAGGGCUAUCUUCUUGAUCGUGAGGGUAACCGAAUAAAGCUCACAGACACUAUCAAGCCACCUGAGAAGCGUGGGAUUGACCUCCUCAGUGAUGCAGUGGAGGCAGACGGCACUCUCAGCCUCAACUAUUCCUUCUAUGGCAGCCUGCACAAUGUGGGGCACAUGAUCAUUGCAGCUGCCCAUGACCCAGACAAUUUACAUCAGGAGAACCUUGGAGUUAUGUCAGAAACGGCCACAGCCAUGAGGGACCCUGUGUUCUACCGCUGGCACAAGUACAUUGACGACAUCUUCCAGGAGUACAAGCUCACUCAGCCACCCUACACCACUGAGGAACUGUCCCUCUCAUCAGUUGAGGUGGUGUCAGUGGCUGUAGAGAGCCAGGGUCAGAAGAACCAGUUGUUCACUGGCUGGAGCACUCAGGACUUUGAGGCGAGUCGUGGACUGGACUUCAAUGCUGAUAAGCCAGUGAUGAUGCGACUCCCCCAUCUCAACCACCAUCCCUUCAUCUACAGCAUCAAGGUGGUCAACAGCGGCAGUUUACCAAAGGAAGUGACAGUGAGGAUCUUCAUGGCGCCCAAACUUAAUGAAAGAGGAGUGGAGAUGAACUUCAUGGAACAGCGUCUCCUAUGGGUUGAGAUGGACCGCUUUACCCACAACUUGAAAUCUGGCACAAACCACAUUCAGCGGUCAUCCACCUCCUCAUCCAUCACAAACUCAAAUGAAUUUACCUUCCGUGACUUGGAGAAACAGCGAAACCCAGAUAACCCAGUUGCUCCUGAAAACACCCUCUUUAACUUCUGUGGGUGUGGCUGGCCCCAACAUAUGCUGCUGCCACGUGGGAAGCAGGAGGGAAUGCCCUUUGAGCUCUUUGUGAUGGUCACUGAUUGGAGUCAGGAUAAGGUAGCACAGCCAGAUGGUGCCCGUUCCUGUUCUGCUGCUGCAUCAUUCUGUGGCAUUCUGGAUGCCCUCUACCCUGAUGCCCGACCCAUGGGUUUCCCCUUCGACCGCCGUCCCAUGCCCAUGCUACUCAACAAGCCUGUGGGAAGGGCCUCAGAUCUGACACGCCUCAGCAACAUAGCCAUGCAAGAUAUCACCAUCACCUUCACCAAUGCUCAGAUCACCCAGUAAAGUGGGUGGAGUGGUGGCCUGUUGACUCUCACAGGUCCUGGAUGAUGUGGUGUUGAGUGUUGGGCCUGCACUUCACCUCUCUGCAAACAUGACAGGUAUAUAGUCUUAAAGAAGUACUUGAGGAUCUAAAGAGAGCUGUGUUAGGAGUUUCAGGGGCAAUGCAGGAAAUGGUGUGGGCAAAACAUUAAUGAUGGUAAUGACAUAAUAAUGGUUUGAAGUACAUUUUCUGCAAGCUUUCCCUACUAGUAUGUGAAGUUUCUUUCUGAACUCCAUACAGCAAGCCUGUAGCAGGACAGAAAGAUUCUUUUAAUUGUUGAAAUAUUAGUAAUGGCUGAAAUAAGUGAUUUUUACUAUAAAAGGAAUAUUUAAACCCACCAAUACAAGUUGGUCUGGUUCAGGUGCUGAGUCAGUAAAUGUGAGUUGAUCUCUCUAUACAUAACCAUAAAAACUGCAGCAACCUACAUUUUAUGUUUACAAACUUGUUGUUAAAAGUUCAAUAAAAACAUUUCCUAAU